GAUCGGGCAACAGCAAGUAGUUAAUCGACCAUGGGCGGCGGGCACGACAUGCACGGCGGCCACGGCGGCGGCGUGAAGGGGUUCGUGUCCAACCUCGUCGGCGGCGGGAAAGGCCAUGGACAGGGCCACGGUUACGGCGGCCAGGGACACGGGUACGGCGGCCACGGCCAGCAGCACGGGUACCCACCUCCCGCCGCCGGGGCUUGCCCUCCGUACGGCGGUUACCCGGCGCACGGCUACGCGCCGGCGGCGUACCCCGCGCAGCCGGCGCCGCACCACGGCGGCCACAUGGGCAUGGGAUCGUACCAGACCGGCCACGGCGGCGGCGGGCAUGGCCACUUCGGCGGGAAGCACAAGGGCAGCAUGUUCGGCGGCGGCAAGCACGGCAGGAAGUGGAAGUGAAGUGGGACUAGCUAGGACCAUUCGGGCGAUCUAUGUACUACGUGCACAGCCACGCUUAGCUCCGUAUGUAUACGUAUACGUAAAUAAAGUGCUGCGUACGCACCGUGCGCGUGCGUGUGCCUUCUGCCUUGGCUUGAGCCAGUAAUAAAAUCUUGUACUCUGUCC